UCCCCCUCAGCCUCCAGCGCUUUCCUGACAGCAGAACCCAACUGACACGGAACGGGACUAACGGCCGCCUGCCCGCCCCGCCCCCGCGUUGCCCUGGAGACGUUGCCGCCGCGCGGGCGGCCGUUACCGCUCCCUCAGCGAGCCGCCCGCUGCUGCGGGCCGGGACCCCGCCAUGCUGCCCACCCGCGACUCGGAGAAGGCGGCGGCGGCGGCUGCCCUAGCCGUGCCCUACAGCUACUCCAGCCGACCCCGCGCCCUGUCCGCCCGCCCGAAGUACCGAGCGCCGCCGGACGCGGCCGAGCCGCAGAAGGAACCUGUUCGUUAUGCCAACCUCAUGUAUGACAGGAGAGUGGUGCGUGGCAACACUUAUGCCCUUCAAGUCAUACCUGCGUGUACCCACCCCGAUCCCCUUGAGAUUCAAAGGCAGAGGGAAACACGGAGAAGAGCACUGGCUAGAAAGCGCACAAAAGAGCAAGAGCAAUCAAGAACACCUGAGCCUGUGGAAGGCAGAGAGCAUGUUUGUGUGCAGACUGAGCUGUAUUUGGAAGAGAUUAGUGACUGGGUAAUAGGGAUUGAUACAGAGUGUCAAACAGAUGCAUUUUUGGACAGACCACCCACUCCGCUCUUCAUACCAGCCAAAACGGGGAAAGAUGUGGCCACACAAAUAGAAGAAGGAGAGUUGUUUGACUUUGACAUUGAAGUCAAGCCAAUCCUGGAAGUGUUGGUUGGGAAGACGGUUGAGCAAGCUUUGCUAGAAGUCAUGGAGGAAGAAGAGCUGGCCCGGCUAUGGGCACAUCAAUGCGCCUAUGCAGAGCUGCGUAACGCAGAGCUUGCUGAAGUACAGCGCCUGGAAGAGCAGGACAGGCGAUACAGAGAGGAGAAGGAGCGUCGCAAACGCCAGCACAAGGAACUGCUGCAAAAACAGAAAGAGACCACAGAGAAAAUUGCAGCUCGGGCAUUCGCGAAGCGUUACCUGGCUGAUCUCAUUCCCUCGGUCUUCAACAAUCUUCAUGAAAGUGGGUUUUUUUAUGACCCUAUAGAAAGAGAUAUUGAGACAAAAUUCCUUCCAUGGCUGAUGACAGAAGUGGAAGAAACACUAGAGAGGAAGGUUCUGGGGAGGACAAUGCUUGACUCCUUGAUUCGUACAGUGGUUGAAAAACGCUUAGAUGCAUUUAGCUCUCAACCUCCGUUUGAUCAGACAGAGGAACCUGCUGAAGAGCCCAAGCCAACAGAUAUAGAACCCCAGGUGGCCAUUGAGACAGAUGCUGAUGACCAACCAGUCACAGAAGAAAAAGAGACUGAAAAACUUGUUGCUGAGGCACAGCGUCCACGACGUAUCUCUUUCAUGUUACAUGACUCAGAUCAAGCAGAAACAGAGGAUUUGGAAACUGAGUAGCAAGCAGGAGACUUAGCAUAACCUAGAGGACUGCCUUGGAUCAUUCCUGAAAAGAUUCAAACAAAUGCUGAAUAUGGACUUGACUUGAAUAUUUGUUUUUGGAAUGUUACAAGAAGGUGAUCACCUGGAUUAUUUUCAUUUUUGUCACUCUUGCUUUGUGUUUGAUUGCUAGAAAACCUACCUGAAGUGUCAAAUUAUUCUGUUUAAAUAGGUUGUGGCAUUAUUAUGUAUUCUUAAAUUAUCACAAAAAUAUAAUGAAUUUUAUGCCAUGCAUUUUUCCUUAAUUACAAUAUAUAGAUACAACUUGAGCAUA